GCCAAGCCAACAUGGCGAAGAAACAACGUGGGGAAGAGACCUCGUCGUCAAAGAUGGCAAAUAUCGACGAGCAGUCGGAAAAUUUCAGUCUAGUUCUUCAGUCCAGUGAUGACGAAGCUCCCGAAGAGGUGACAUUUGAAGAUGCGAAGACUGAAGCUUUACAGAGCAUGAGACAGGCGCUGGACAGAGCCAGAAGAGAAAAGGAGCUACUAAAAGAGAAGAGACGAAAAAGACAGGAACUGUUCCAGGAACAGAAGAAAAGGAAACUUUUACCUGCUGAUGUGUUGGAGGAAAUCGACUCUGCCCCUUCAAAGAAGCAGAAAGAGAGCGAGGAUGAAGAUGAAGAGGAGCAGCAGGAAGAGGGUGAGGAGGAGAUCAGGAUGAAGAAAAAGAAGAGCAAGAACCCGCCACAUUCCAGAAGCCUGAAGGGAAACUACACGGUGACAACAGUGAAGGAGCGAGAGUUGGUGUCCUGCCAGCAGCAGGCAGCUGAAGACUUCAUCAAGUCCAGACUGUACGGACCAGGAAGCUGCAGGACUACAAGUAAUGAGAUGCUCUCCCUCCAGAACAAGAAGGGGAGAAAUAAAAGUGCGGCUGUGCAGUUUGUCAAGAAAGACUGGGCCUGUAAAGAAAAAGCCAAAGCAGAGAAGCUGAAGAAGCGAUGGAUCCAUAAGCAGCAGAUUUCCCCCUGCUGACCCACGUCUCUGAUAAACCUCGGCAAGGUUCAGCAGACCACCACUUCACUCUUCCAGCUCUGAUUCUGCAGCUGCAAGUGUCAUGGCCACAAUCAGAGGAGGAUUUGGACCAGGGGGGGGGAGAUAAAUAUUGCAAAUAAAACAGACUGAAGCAGACUCUGUGAAAGACCGAAGAUUACAGGCAAAUAAAAAUCAAACUGUUCAUGGAUUUAUCGGAGGCUGGACUGUAAAAAGCUGCGGUCUUUGGGUCAGUGACAAACAUGGGACUUUGCUCUCGUUUAUUAAAGAGCAGAACGUGUUUAAAAAGUGUUUCAAAGUCUUUGAUAACCAUUCUGAAGAAACCUUUGACUUUUCUACAUUUUGUUUUCUUGAAUGACUGUUUAUCAAAUCUAAUGUAUCUUUAAAAGAUAAUCUCAAUGUUACAGGUUUCCUUUGUAUGUAGAGCUUCAAACCCAUAGUGAGAUUGGUAUUAAACUGUUAAAAUUUAA